AUGCGACCAGGAAUGAUCAUUCCGGAAGGGCCUCGCGCAGGCCUUCGACCACCGACAGUCCCAUCUCUGGUCGAGGAAACUCCGAUUCUCAGUCAAAUUAAACGCGAACCCUACAUUUUCAUCGCCCAUUGCUACGUCCCCGUCCUCAGCACUACUGUCCCCCAUCUCAAGAAGCGACUCAAACUAUUCGAUUACAAAGCUAUCCGAUGCGAUAGAACAGGUUACUACGUAAUCUUCCACAACUCCCGAGCUGGUGAGCAGGAAACCGACAGAUGCUUCCGACUUUGCCAUAUGCAACCGCUCUUCACCUACAUCAUGAACAUGGAAAGUCAGCCCUACGGAAACCCCAACUACGUGCGCAGUCCGAGUCCCGAACGUCUACUCGCCGAACAAAAGGAACAGGCUGCCCGCGACCGGGCGAAAAGAGAGGCCGAGCUCGAUGUGGAGGAGGAGAAGAAACAACGCGCGCUGGACCUGGACCCGUGUCGGGAGGUGUUGGCGGUCAUCAUUCGGGAUCUUCGAGACAAGCUGCUCGAAGAUGUCAAAUCUCGCAUCGCCGCACCAACCUUGUACGAUUACCUUGAUCCCAAACGCCAUGCAGCUCGCCGGGAACGAUUGGGGAUCGCUAGCCCUGAAGGCUCAAAACGGCCAACUUUCCGAAUUGGUAUGAGUAGCUCAGCGGCCACCCCAGAUUCUCGAUCUGAAGCUUCAAAUGUUCGGGAGGAUUCGCGAUCUGCCAGACUCGAUGUCCUUGCUCUGCCGCGUAUACGCAAAGCUCACGGGCUGGACCGUUCAGGCGCGGCCUUCGUGGACGAGCGCCGCCGGCAACCUCUUCGGCCGAGGGAAGUGCGCCCUCUGUACCAUCGCCUGCAAGAGUUGCACGAUGACGACGAUUCUGAUGAGGACCAAAGGACCCCUCUCACGCGCUACACAGAGGACCGGAGCAGUCGGCCUCCAAGUCGCGCAACGUCCGUUUCCUCGGCGUCAGAGCAGGAUGAGGAAUACCCCUCUGACAUUUUCGACGAAGGCGGAGCUGCGACCGGUGAUGAUCCAUUACUGGAGGAUGAUGUACUUUCACCCACUUCGCGGAAGAGGAAGCGUAUGCCAGGGGAAGAUGAUUCUCGAAAACGGCAGCGGCAAGAUGAAGAGCUCUUUAGCGUCGGUCCCUCAGAAGACACGCUUGAGGAUGAACACCCAGAGACUCCGGCUGCUGUUACUGAGGAUCUACUGGAGACCAAAUCAAAGACCCUUGAUGCCCAGGACGAGCUGUCAAUUUCGGACAAGCUACUCGAAGAUCAUUCGUCUCACAUUGGCGAUAGCAAACCCGUUGUGGCUGAUGAAGUCGCAGCUACCGAGCCUCCGGAGACAGAAGUUGAGGGCAAGCCCAAGAGUGAGAUCAACUGGGGCGUGUCCAAGCAUGAGCCGCGAGCUACCGUGGAAGACGAUGAUGGCAUCAUCCUCGACCUAGAUGGCUGGCAACAGCUGGUCAAGGAUGACGAGGACUUUCAAUUCCUCCGUGAAGCUUUGGUCGACCACUCUGCCUCCAAGCUUGGGGAUCCAAGCGCCUGGGCCUGGCGCCAGAAGGAGAUCAAGGCUCUCAACUCCACAGAACCCAGUGGUCCCACUCGUGAUGUGAUUAGGAUUCCUGGUUACUAUGUGCCCAACGUUACUGGCGCGGCCAGAACAGAAGGACGAAAGAGGAUCAUGGAAGCUGAAAAAUCCAAGUACCUCCCCCAUCGUAUCAAGGUCCAGAAGGCCCGCGAGGAGCGAGAGGCGCUGGCCAAGGCCGAUCCGCAGGCUGCCGCUGCAGAGGCCGCGCGAGUGGCGGCCGCCAAGGUUAUUUCCAAGUCCUCGUCCCGAUCAAAUCGGGUCAACAAUCGCCGGCUCAUUGCCGACAUCAACGCUCAGAAACAAGCUUUGCCCACAUCCAGUGGUGACGGCGACGUCCUGCGCUUCAACCAGCUUAAGAAGCGGAAGAAGCCUGUGCGAUUUGCUCGAUCCGCCAUUCACAACUGGGGGCUUUACGCCGAAGAAAAUAUCACUGCCAACGACAUGAUCAUUGAAUACGUUGGUGAAAAAGUUCGGCAGCAGGUGGCCGAUAUGCGCGAACGCCGGUAUCUCAAGAGUGGGAUUGGUAGCAGUUACCUGUUCCGAAUUGAUGAGAAUACGGUCAUUGAUGCCACGAAACGUGGCGGUAUCGCGCGCUUCAUCAACCACAGCUGCACGCCGAAUUGCACGGCCAAGAUCAUCAAGGUCGAUGGUAGUAAGCGCAUCGUCAUUUAUGCGCUCCGGGACAUCGAAAGAGACGAAGAGCUCACUUAUGAUUACAAGUUCGAACGUGAAUGGGACAGUGACGAUCGCAUCCCAUGUCUCUGUGGUUCCACGGGAUGCAAGGGUUUCCUCAACUGA